UUCGUUCUCCUGCAAGUCAUGUUGAUGUUGACAGCAUUAUGUUAAUGCAAGAAAACUGUUGUCAGUGCUGUUAACGAUGAUCAUCAACCAAGAUUAAAGAUUUGGAUCUACAUGAAAGGACGCAUCUAGCCUCAUCCUGUAUUCUAACCGAUACACCAUAUUGAUAGCCGCCUCACCUGGAAAGAGCUAGCUUUAACCAGACCCUCCUUUAUACUAUAACUAACUAAAGUGGCCAAAGAUAGAUGGGUUUUUCUUAUUUUAAUUUCAGUGCUUUUCCUAAGAACAAAAGUGUUAAAAAAGCUAAAUUUCAAGUGUGAAGUGAGCGAUUUUGACGAGGGUACUAAUAACUGCGGGGUAACGCAUCUCGACACAACACCAGCACGUCUCGCGCAUCAGGAGCAGAGAGAGGAAGCAGGGCCAGCGGAGGAUGGAGCUCUCUUCGUGCGUCCCUGCUAAUCUUCAUGGCAUUUGACAUUUCCAGAGCCGAUGUGCAUAUUCAGCUCGCUUGACGCGCGCUGCCGCAGCGGACCGGACCGCAGCCAGACAUGACCCGGGUGCUGAGCUAGCCAGCUGGUUGUUAGCUGAGUUAGCUUCCAUCCAUCCAGCGCUGCAGACAGCUGCUGAUGCUGGAGGUCUGAAGAGCUCAGCUGAUCCACUGCUGCACCACUCCGGCAUGAAGAUGGUGAGGAGACCUUAAUGUGAGACAGGUGACCGUGUUCUGCCAUCCUCAUUUCCAGACAUGGCGUCGCAGCUCCAGGUGUUCUCCUCCCCCUCUGUAACCUCCAGUGCCUACUCUCGCACAAAAAGGCUCAAAGUGGAGCACCCUGCCUGGGAUGUGUCCCAUCAGUUGGCGGACAGCGGCUACUAUCAGCAUAGCUCCUCCCAAGCAGCUGGAUCCUCCACCUCUGGCUCUAAUUUUGACCCAGUGUACCACUCCAACCAGAUGCACCCUCCCACGGCUGGCUCCAGAGAGCAAACUGUGGUGCGAGCCGCAGACAGCACAGGGACCCUCCAUGCACCUUCUUCCUCCACUUCCUCUGCCUCCUCCACUUCCUCUAGCCGGCGCAUCAAGGAUGCAGAGUCCUCCUCACAGCCCUGCGAGCUCUACCCGAAGCAGUACAGCCUGAAGAGGAAGAGCGAGGAGGUGGACAGCAGUGACAGCGUCCAGAUCCUGGAGGAGCUCUCGGCCCCCGUGGUGUCGAACCGCACCGGAGGUGGAGGGGGAACCACUACAGCUCGGUCCAUAGCACACUCUGCCUCCACCACUAAGAGCAGCAAUUCCCACAGUGAGGGGGACUAUCAGCUGGUCCAGCACGAGAUUCUGUGCUCCAUGUCUAACAGCUACGAGGUGCUGGAGUUUCUGGGACGCGGCACAUUCGGGCAGGUGGCAAAAUGCUGGAAGAGAGGCACAAAUGAGAUAGUAGCAAUUAAAAUCUUGAAGAACCAUCCCUCCUAUGCUCGACAAGGCCAAAUUGAGGUGAGCAUCCUCAGCAGGUUGAGCACAGAGAACGCUGAUGAGUUCAAUUUCGUCCGCUCGUACGAGUGUUUCCAGCACAAGAACCACACGUGCCUUGUGUUUGAGAUGCUGGAGCAGAACCUUUACGACUUCCUGAAGCACAGCAAGUUCAGCCCUCUGCUGCUGAAGUGCAUCAGGCCCAUCCUGCAGCAGGUUGCCACUGCGCUGAUGAAACUGAAGAGCCUGGACCUGAUCCACGCCGACCUGAAGCCAGAGAACAUCAUGCUGGUAGACCCUCUGAGGCAACCCUACAGGGUGAAGGUGAUUGAUUUUGGCUCUGCUAGCCAUGUGUCCAAAGCAGUUUGCUCCACCUACCUACAGUCCCGGUAUUACAGAGCUCCAGAGAUCAUUCUGGGUCUUCCUUUCUGUGAAGCGAUCGACAUGUGGUCCCUGGGAUGUGUCAUUGCCGAGCUGUUUCUGGGAUGGCCUCUGUAUCCCGGUGCCUCAGAGUACGAUCAGAUUCGGUACAUUUCCCAGACCCAGGGCCUCCCAGCAGAGUACCUCCUAAGUGCAGGAACCAAAACAAGCCGCUUUUUCAACAGAGGCCCCGACUCAAGCUACCCACUCUGGAGACUCAAGACACCCGCAGAACAUGAGGCAGAGAUGGGCAUCAAGUCAAAGGAAGCAAGAAAAUACAUCUUCAACUGUCUGGAUGAUAUGAUGCAGGUGAACAUGACUAACCUGGAGGGCACCGACAUCCUGGCGGAGAAAGCUGACAGACGGGAGUUCAUAGACCUGCUGAAGAAGAUGCUGACGCUCGACGCUGAUAAGCGGAUCAUGCCCAUGAAGACGCUGAACCACCCUUUUGUUACCAUGACACACCUGCUUCACUUCCCUCACAGCUCACACGUCAAGUCUUGCUUCCAAAACAUGGAUAUAUGCAAACGCAGAUGCAGCGCCUUUGAGAAUGGAAAAAACAUGUUUCCUAGCAACAGCACUCCGAGUGCAGCUACCAACCUAACGGUCACGUUCAGCAGCCAGCUGAACCAGCACAAUCAGAUGACGUCUGCUGGAGGGCAGUCCCUGUCCCUAAGCAGUAACGUCCCACUACUGAACUACCAGCCGGGCCUCUACCAGCAGGCCACCAUCAACAUUCCUGGCCUUGCCCAGCAGGGCGUUCCUCUGCAAACCAGACCGGCCCAGCUCUGUGCGCAGACUGAACCAUUCCAGCAAACACUCAUCGUUUGUCCUCCGACCAUCCAGGGUCUUCAGAACACCAACAAACCAUCUGGUUAUCCAGUAAGAAUGGACAACUCAGUACCUUUAGUGGCUCAGAACCAGUCCUCCCAAUCUCUUCACAUCCAGCCCAGUAUGCUGGCUCAGCCAGGCUGGCCAGCAGGAACACAGCAGAUCCUCAUCCCGUCCACAUGGCAACAGAUGCCGGGCAUGCCCAUCCAGAACCCUUGCCAGGCCAUUGUACCAGACUCACCGAUGGACGUGCCGGUGUCCGACAGUCAACAAGCUUCUGCGUGGAGGGGUCGCCAUGGCAAUCAGUAUGACAGCAUCAGCCAGCAGGACUCUGGUGUCAGCAGUCACACAGCCACGCAGAAUCACAGCUCGGGGGUGGCUCAUGCAAGAUCCCAACAGGGCAAAAGGUCGAAGGCGCGCCAUGCUGACAGCAGAGCCAGGCUGGCAUCAUCAGUGCAUCCUGUCUCCACCGUGGUUCAGAACACGUCUUUUCCUGGUGACCAGUCUCAGCCAAUCAUCAUCUCCGACACACCAAGUCCUGCUGUCAGUAUCAUCACCAUCCACAGCGACUCGGAGGAGGAGGACGAAGCCAAGGUCUCAGUCGCCUGCUCCGGAACGAGUCAGAGAACCAACGUGAUCAGCUGCGUGACGGUUCAUGACUCUCACGACUCUGACUCGUCCACCAGCAGCCCCCUGAGCCCCAAAACCUCCCAGCCCACCAAGGCUCUGGCCGUCAUCGUGCCCUGUGUGAAAGUUCAGCCUAUUGAUAACUCAGCCCACAGGGCAGCAGUGGUUCCAGAUCCAGCACUGCCAGAUCAAAUUAUGAGCAGCUCUGCAAAGUCCAAGAAGGCGUCCACUCAGUCAUUGAGUCAGUCAGGAGAAUCCACCACUGAUCGCCACCAACGGGCCGCUUCCAGCAAAUCUCAGCCUCUCAACCUGAGUCAGAAGAUACACUCCACUGAUGGUGUGUCUGGGUCAUUGCCUUCUCAGGUGCAGCAGUCUGUGAUUCCUUCCUCCCACAUCCAAUCAGGAAGCAGCAGCUCCCUGAGGCGACAGCCCACCUACCCCCCGCCUGUCUCCUCACAUUCAUCUUACCGCCUCCAUGAGAGCACCCUCUUCAGCUCUGCGCCGAACCUGUAUGCUUAUCCGGCCUCGGCUGCCCUGGCCUCUGUGUCCCAGGCCGUGGACCAGAUGCAGGGCGGCUCUUCCCGCCAUGGCAGGCCGAGUGGCACAUACUCCUCUCUGGCUCUGCUGCAGAAGAACGGGAGCCUGGCCCUCGGAGCACCGACCCCAGGACAGUACAGCAACCAGCAGCAGCAACAGCAGCUGCAGCUGGGAGUGCAGCCUUUUCAACGCUCCACUCCUGCUUACCAGAGAAAACUCAACCAAUAUCCCCCGUUCCUGUGAGGAGCAUUGACCAAACCCAGUCAGGAGACCGGCUCCUCACCGACUCCUCUGAUCAGGCCUGGAUUUGCGUUUUUAUUUAGAGUUACUGACCAGUUCCAUCAUGAGUUGGUAUUUUAAUCAUAGUUCUUUUUAACGGCUCCUGUUUUCGUUCAGCUACCUGGAUAGCGAUGGCGGUGCAGCGUGUCUGCUGUGGUUUACAUGGAAACACUGGAACUAAAUGUUUAUGAAAUGCACUCAGGCUGAUUCACGGCUCCUUCUUCAUGUAAAAGUGUUGUGGAGAAACUCAUGCUGCUGUUAUUUCUACGUUUAUACUUUAAUGAUCUGAUAAAAACACCUAAAACUUUACAUGUAUUUGAAUGGUUCAUGCCUGCGCCUUGUGAUGCGUUUGAAUCCCGUGUGUGUUUGCUGUAACUUUAUUCUGAGAGCUAAUAGUGAUCUAAGCUGUUCUAUGUGUUUCCUAUGUCCACUCCAAGGUUUUGGCCUUUGACCUAUAUUUAAAUGUUAGCGUGUCGAGGUGAUGCGGUAGAGUAGGAUGUACUUGAGGAAUUUGUUUUAAACUUCCUGUUAAGGUUUCAUGUUUGUGAUCCAGUUUGUAACCUUCAGUCCGAUUAGAAAUCUCCACAUUUAUACUGGAAAAAUGUCUCGUGACGUGUUGUCUGUGAUGUGUGCUCAAAAGAUCCGAUUGGGUAUCACACCAACUGAAACGAUAUAGAUUAAAAUAAUUCACACUAGUAGAAAUAAGAAUUAAUGUUCAGAGCAUUACUGCUUCAAUGUAAACCAUUGGUUUGGUGAUACGAUGGUCGUUCCCACAUGCUGCUGUCCUGUGAAGUGCUACGUUAGAGAACACAAUAAAACCUUACAGAAGA